GACGUACAGCCCUGCACAUGUUGGAGGAUGUUUUGGCAUUCGAGCGCAAGUUGACAGUGCUUGCCAGAGAUUUACAGAAAGGCACUUUGUCUCACUUCCCCAAUUUGAGAGAGUUCAAACAAGGUCACGACAUGAUAAAUUCGGGGUAUUUACAUUCUGCAAUCAUCGCAAUGCAAACAUCGUUUGGGAAACGCUUCUGUGAGUUCAGAGAGGAAAAAAACACAUUAUCCUUCCCGGUCACUCCCUUAAGCAUCGAUCCUUCCCUACUGAAUACGACUGCAUUGGCAGGUGUGAGUCAACCUGAUCUUGAGAUGGAACUGGCCGACAUAGCCGACAAAGACAUAUGGGUGUCCAAGUUUAGACGCUUGACAGCAGACCUUGAAGAUGUUGCCCGUCAGAAGGCCGUUCUUGCUCAGAAACACAAAUGGAGUGAUAUUGAAAACCUUCCAAAACCGGACAAACUUGUGUUCGAAACAUGGAAUGCUAUGCCCGACAUUUAUGUAAACAUUAAAAAGUAUGCGCUUGGAGUCCUGUCGAUCUUUGGAUCCACAUAUGUAAGUGAGCAGGUGUUCUCCAACAUGAACUUUAUUAAAAACAAACAUCGCGCACGCCUCACAGAUGACAGCUUGCGAUCCUGUGUAAAGAUGAAGGUGACGUCAUACAGCCCUGAUGUGCAGACGCUGUGCGCUGAGGUCCAGGAGCAGAAAUCCCAUUAACCAAGCUGACAGCUGGCUGAUGUUAUUUUUGGUUUGCUGCUGGCGGAAAAUUUAAGUUCGGCGUUUUUCAUAAAUACAAGAAGGACUCAAAUAGACAUUGAGUAUUUUACUUAAAAGUAACUUUCAACCCAACGUCUUUUUUUCGGAGUUCAAAAUGUUUUUGUUGCAUGCAGAAAUGUAAUUUCGUUUUCUCUGCAGGAGUUCAUCAA